UACUCAGGGACAGCUGUUAUAAGAUAAGUAAUUAACAGUGAUGAUUUAAUACACUACCUUGUACACCACUUAAUUUUAUUGUGAAUUAUCUCUGUAACUUGAUUAGUUUUGUAUAUAUCAUUAAAGUGUGUUUUGAACUUAGCUGCUGGGUUUCAUCUUUCUGUUAUUACCACGUAACAGAGCAUAAUUCAUGGAAAAAACGUUGAAUUUCACUGCUGAAUCUGAAAAAAAAUGAGUUUUACCUAAUAGGAUAAAAUGAAAAGAAAAUACAAUCUUGUUUAUAGUCAAUGUCUGUGUCCAAUCAAUAGUAUUAUACCAAGUGAUACAUGUAUCUCCUAGAGAAAACGCUUCCUUUGUCAAUCGGUAGGAUUGCCCAGCUGUUCCAGUGUACCAUCAAUGUAUCCUUCCGGAGUGUAUCCGAUAGGACCACCAGGGGGCGUCAUUACAUACUUGUUCUGUGACAUGGACACUGAGGACGGACCGUGGACGGUAAUACAAAGAAGAAUAAAUGGUAAUGUUGAUUUCUUUCGCAACUGGAACGACUACAAAAAAGGCUUCGGUGAUUUGUAUGGAGAUUUCUGGAUCGGUAACGACAUCCUUCACCUCCUGACGAACUCGUUGAAUAUCCUACGUGUGGGUCUGGAGACCUGGGACGGGACAAGAGGAUAUGCCCAGUACUCCAAGUUCCAGGUAGACGAUGAAGGUCAGAAUUACAGAUGUAAUGUGUAUGUACCUGGAUACACUGGAAACAUAUCCGGAGAGUCUUUGGGCCACAGUGAUGGACAACCCUUCAGCACGUUCGAUCGAGACAAUGACGUCAGUCCUCAUCCUCCCCAUAGCAACUGUGCCGUGACGCACCAAGGUGCCUGGUGGUUCAGACAAUGCACAGGUACUAACCUGAACGGUCGUUUUCAACAGGACAACGGAGACAGCAUAAAAGCGAUGUUCUGGUGGCAUUUCCCUCCUGGCCGAGUUAACGCUCCACUGAGGAAAGCCUGGAUGAUGAUCCGAUAGGAAUAUCCUCAGACAUGGCUUCGGAAAUAAACUGUCAUAAACGUUUCCUAAUUAUUUCAGUCACCUGCAGGUAACACCGUGCGUGACAUUUCUAUUUAUUUCAGUCACCUGCAGGUGAAACCGUGAGUGAAGUUUUCUACUUCAUUCAAGUCCGUUGCCUAUAAAAAAAAAGAGGACAAAAAGUGAACCUCAUAUCACUGAGUAAGACAUGUUCUACUGAAUUUUUAGUCCCCAGUCGACGGAAGCAGGAUUAUAGGUGUCCUCUCCGUCCGCCGUCUGUCUUAUACGUACGUACAUGUAUAUGUACGUGACAUCAAGAUACAAGUAUAUUCAUAGUACUGGAUUCAGUAUCCAAAUACUAUAAGAUACUGUGAAUAAUUUUGUAAAACUUGUGUGAAAUUAUUGAAAAGUCUAUGCGCUUAACUCCAUUUUAUUAUGGAAACAUUUCAGUUCAUUCCAUUAGCGCUAUUUUUUGUUUAAUUUUAAUCACUUGUGUAUAUUCUGGUGUUGCUCGUUUAUCGUAUGUAUCGAUCUGAGUAUUAAAUAUACUUCUGUUCAGACACCAGUGGACAAGUUCGAAUUUAAGGGUUGUUGGGUCAAGCACAAGGCCGUCGUUACUAUUUAGAAAAUUCUUUGUCAGCACUCUGACGUCUUUAUUCUUUGUCAGCACUCUGACAUCUUUAUUCUUUGUCAGCACUCUGACGUCUUUAUUCUUUGUCAGCACUCUGACAUCUUUAUUCUUUGUCAGCACUCAGACAUCUUUAUUCUUUGUCAGCACUCUGACAUCUUUAUUCUUUGUCAGCACUCUGACGUCUUUAUUCUUUGUCAGCACUCUGACAUCUUUAUUCUUUGUCAGCACUCUGACAGCUUUCUUCUUUGUCAGCACUCAGACAUCUUUAUUCCUUGUCAGCACUCUGACAGCUUUCUUCUUUGUCAACACUCUGACAGGUUUCUUCUUUGUCAGCACUCUGACAUCUUUAUUCCUUGUCAGCACUAUGACAUCUUUAAUCUUUGUCAGCACUCUGACAGCUUUCUUCUUUGUCAGCACUCUGACAGCUUUAUUCUUUGUCAGCACUCUGACAGCUUUAUUCCUUGUCAGCACUCUGACAGUUUUCUUCUUUGUCAGCACUCUGACAUCUUUAUUCUUUGUCAGCACUCUGACAGCUUUAUUCCUUGUCAGCACUCUGACAGCUUUCUUCUUUGUCAGCACUCUGACAUCUUUAUUCUUUGUCAGCACUCUGACAGCUUUAUUCUUUGUCAGCACUCUGACAGCUUUAUUCCUUGUCAGCACUCAGACAUCUUUAAUAUUUGUCAGCACUCUGACAUCUUUAAUAUUUGUCAGCACUCUGACGUCUUUAUUCUUUGUCAGCACUCAGACAGUUUUAUUCCUUGUCAGCACUCAGACAUCUUUACUCUUUGUCAGCGCUCAGACAUCUUAAUAUUUGUCAGCACUCUGACAGUUAUAUUCCUUUGUCAGCACUCUGACAGUUUUAUUCCUUUGUCAGCACCCUGACAGUUUUAUUCUUUGUCAGCACUCUGACAGUUUUAUUCUUUGUCAGCACUCUGACAGAUAUAUUCUUUGUCAGCACUCUGACAGCUUUAUUCUU